UUUCGGGUUAUAUCAGUAAGCCAUUUCUUUUAAUGAUUUUAAAAGGCAAGCUUUAGCAGGUUGUCUCAGAAAUUCUGGAGGCCUCCAGACUCAUGGCUGGGAAGGAAGAUUGCCUAAGAGGACUGAUGUGAAAGCAAAAUGGAAUUCCUACUCCACGUAGGUUCAUUUGGGCUGAAACCAAAAGCAGAGAUUGAUAAUAGCAUCUGUUACGCUGAAAUGUUACAAAAGUGCCAAGAUGUUCCAAAAGCAGAUCCAAGGCAAACUUGAGCUUUCAGGAUCUCCAGAACUCUCCAUUAGGCAGAAGAGCACAAAAAUUAGGGGGUAAAGGAAGAAAUAGAAGUUUCAAAAAUCUGUCUGGAUGGAUUGCAACUGCGAACAAAAGAGGUGUUAAGAACCUGUCUAUGUGAACAAUGAUACUUUUUCCUGCCUGAGGUGAACAGUUCUUCACAUUGAAUUGUAGAAGAAUGUGGAUUAAUCAAAUUCAGUGCUGUCUGUUGGCAGUAGCACAUCUGUAUAUCCUGAUCCACUUGGUCUACAGUCAAGAAUCAGAUUCAUCAUACAAGGCUCAAAAUUUGACAUGUAUAACACAUAAAGUUGUUGAAGUCAUCUGCAGCUGGACUAUAGACUCUACGGAUAACCUUGGAUUCAGUUAUGAAUUCUGCUAUACUAUCGGAAACUGGCCAAAAAACUGUUCUGUAACAGAGGAGAGAAGCCAAGAAUUUCCACUGAUCUUGUUCGGCUCUUUUCACAUAGAGAUAUCCACCUUGAAUUCAUCUGAAGAAGUGAAAGCCCCCAUAGCUACAAACACAUUUGUGCUUAAUGAAAAAGAUAUUAAACUUGUUCCUCCUACUCCACGUAUUCAUAGACUGACCCCUGACUUCAUAUCUGACAUAUUGGAACUGGAGUGGUAUGAUGGCGGUUCAAACUUUCUAUAUCAAAUGGAUGCUAGUUGGGAAAUACAAAUUCUCUAUAAAGAUCCCAUGGAGGAAGUGACAUUAAUAACAUAUAGUUCUACACUAACUGGCAAUGACACCCUCCUCUAUUGGAAAUGGACAUCAAAUCUGCCUUUUAAUUGUACUACACAUUAUGUAAGGAUUCGCUGUUUUCUUCACGAUAAUAUAUUUGCUGGAAUAAAGGAUUGGAGUGAAUGGAGCCAAACUGAACACAUUCCUGGAAAAGAUACAGGCUCUUUUGGCGCAGUGUAUCCUAUUGAGAGAAUAGUGCCAGUAGGUUCCAACAUGACUUUCUGCUGUGUGUGGAAAAAAGGAGAAAGUAAAUUUCUGCUGAAGUAUCAAUCGUGUCCACCUCAGCAGUGUCCAGUGGCCUCUCUUUCCAACUGGAGCAAGUUAAUUCAUGUGCAAAAUGUCUCAGCAUCACCAUCAUCUGGGACUAAUAUAUGGUGUCAAGGAGAGAUUCCGCCCAACCCCGACACUCCCUUAUAUGGAACUGUUUUGUUUGCAGGCUACCCCCCUGAUGUUCCACAAAAUGUAAGCUGCGAAACACAGGAUUUAAAGGAAAUAAUAUGCAAAUGGGAACAGGGAAGGCCCACUAAAUUAUAUGGCCAACGAAAAACAUCCUACACUUUAAUUGAACGAAUAUCUGGGAGAUACGUUAAAUAUACAGGAGACAAUAAUCAUUAUCAGUGUAAUUUACUGGUUUUGAGCAAUCAAACAAUGUAUAAUAUCACAGUCCAUGCUGCCAAUCAUCUUGGCCAAUCAGAAGCUUCUCUUUCAAUCAAUGUAAAAUAUAGAAUUCAUCCACAGCCUCCUACAGAUUUAACUGUAACUGACAAUAGCCCAACUAAUGUCAGUCUCUCUUGGUAUCUGCCGGGAAGUUUCAUGAAAACCAAGCUUCAGUUCCAGGUUAAAGUUUCCAACGGCACUUCUACAGAAGAGAAGAAAGUACAUCUGGAUGGCACAGAAAACUCACUCUACACAAUUUUAGUGGACAAUUUGCAUCCCUACACAUCAUACACUUUCCAAGUCCGCUGUUCAGCUGCUGAGCCCUUCUUCUGGAAAUGGAGCAACUGGAGCAAAGGAAUCCCACACCGAACACAAGAAGCUCCUCCUGCAGGAAAGCUAGAUGUCUGGCGAGAGAAAAGUGCCAAUGAAGGAACUGUUAUAAUCUUUUGGAAGCCACUACCUGUUCCAGAAAGAAAUGGAGUGAUAGAGGGUUAUGAAGUAUCUUGGAUUGUACCAGAGGAAGCCAUGAAGAAACAGUCAAUUUCUGAACUUUCGAACAGCAUAAAAAUAAAGCUUGGAAAAAAUGACUACAUAUUUACAGUGGUGGCAAAAAAUAAAGCUGGUCUCUCUUCUCCUUCUCUAAUAAAUAGUGCAGAAAUUCCAGUUGGUCCUGUCCCAACAGAGACUGGAGUUGCAAAAGAAGAUGGCAUUCAGGUUGCUUGGCCUUCUGACCCCAGUGUGACCUGUGGCUAUACAGUGAGAUGGUGUUAUGGGCCAGAGCCCUGUACCGCUGUCAACUGGGAAACAUUUCCUUCCAAUGUGACAAAUCCUGUAAUCAGAUCUGCUCUCUUUCAGCCAGGUGUCCGAUACCAUUUUUCAGUCUAUGGCUGCAAAGACAAUGGAUACCAACUACUAAAAUAUAUAGAUGGUUAUACAAAAGAAUUGGAACCAGCAGUUGCACCAGUGUUUAAUGUAGAGCUAACAACUUCAGAUUCAAUCUUAAUAAAAUGGGAAGGCAUACCCGCUGAAAAGAGCCGGGGCUUUUUAAAAGGCUAUUUGCUUCACUUUGGAAAAGGAGAGGAAGGCACCACAAAGCCAAAAACUUUUGAGUCAGGCCACAGAGCAAUUAACAUUACAAACCUGGAACAAAAAACAUUGAAAAUCUCAAGCCUUCAAGGGAAAACUGGCUACCACCUGAACUUAAGUGGCUACACUGCUGGAGGAAUUGGACCUGCAAGGAGCUUGUAUGUAGUCACCAAGGAAAAUGCAGUGGGAUUAAUUAUUGCCAUCCUUAUUCCUGUGGCUAUUGUUAUUGUCUUGGCGGUGGUGACCAGCAUCCUUUGCUACCGGAAGAGAGAAUGGAUUAAAGAAACCUUCUAUCCUGACAUUCCAAACCCUGAGAACUGUAAAGCUUUGGAGUUCCCAAAGGAUCCUGAGGGAAACCCUAAUUCUAAAACCUUGGAGAUGAAUCCAUGUACCCCCAAUAAUAUUGAGGUGGUUGAAACCCAGACCUCAUGCCUGAAGAUUGAGGAUGCAGCCAUAAAAUUGCCUGUGACAGAGGAACUUCCUGAAGAUGGCCUCGAUUCUGAAUCAGAGAGUCACAUUGUUGUCUCCUAUUGUCCAUCCAUCAUCGAGGAGGAGAUCUCUAAUCCACCAAUAGAUGGAUCCAUGGGAUCUUCCCAGGUUGUUUAUAUAGACAUCCAGACAAUGUAUCCGGCUCCCGAUAAAAUGAAGGAAGAUUUAGAAGUUGACUGUGUGGUCGCAGCAGGCUACAAGCCUCAAAUGCAGCCACCAAGAAACACAGAGGAAACCACAUCUGUAGAUGAGGACCUGGACAAGGCUGCAGGCUAUAGACCUCAAGUGAAUGCACCUUCCUGGAACACAGACUGCCCAGACUCUCCGGUAUCCAUGGAAAGCAACAAUGAAAAUGCCUCAUUUGGGAGCCCUUGUUCAAUUAAUUCUCGACAGUUCUUGAUCCCACCCAAAGAGGAAGAAGACUCUCCCGAAGUCAUUAACACUGGCUGGUCCUUCGCUAACUUCUUUCACAACAAGCCAAAUGAUUAAAACUAGGAGAGUAGUGGUUGCUGUGAAAGCAGCAAUUUGCUGGGAUUUGCUUUUAGCAUCCCUGGAAGGCAAUGUCCUUCAGAGUCUAUCAUUUCAUUUUUUGUGAAAUUGAACAUUUAACCUUCUUUCAUUUUUUACGAUUGGCCAAGAGGUUAAUUCCUGGCACCUCAGUUUGAGGAAAAUAUCCAAGAUUAAUUUUUACUGAAGCCAAAGAACAGCAGGAGAUCUGUGUCUGCAUUUGAACAGUUUACUAUCCCUUCUUUGUUAGCAGGGCAUAAGGAUUGAUUUUACGGUCUCCUGUUUUGAAUAUGGUAGGGGGAAAUUAUUGCCCUGAACACAUUUGUGUGCUUUGUUAACAUUUUAGAGGCAUAUAGAGAUACAUAGAUCUGCCAAGCCCUGGGACAUGUCUAAUCAAAGAUCUUUUCCCCAACAAGUCUAAGGUUCUUGGAGUGCAAACACUACAUUACUAAAACAUUACAAUACCCAAACACUACAGUACCUAAACACUAAAAUACCCAAACACUACAAUACAGGCACUAGUUUUCAAACUUGAUGGCGGUUGAUUCCCUUUUUAUUUUUGUGGGAAAUUAGUUUGAAUCAACUUGAAUCGAAGAACUCCAGCUUAGAUAGCUUGCUGACAUCAACAUCAGCCAUGGUUCUCUCUGAUGUUAGUUUGAGAAGCCUGAAUCAUGGUUUCUAUACCUACUGUAUAGAUGUGUAUGCAAUAGUAUUGACUCAGGGGUGCAAAAACAAGUGUAACACUGAUUUUAAAAACAUCAGGAGCAAAUGUUUUAACUUGCAGGUUUUUUUUAAAGCAAUAUUAUUUUCCACUCUUUCCUCUUUUUUUAAUAAAAUGAAAUGAAAUGACUACUGUGUCUUGACCUCAAGUAGUCAUGGUGGGCCAGAAGCUUUCUCCCCAGCGUGCUACUUUUCUGUGGAAGGAUUUCUGUUGCCUUUUCUCCAAGAAUCAUUCAGCCGUGUGAUCUUCACUUCCCUUCUGAAAUGUUAAGAUAUAUUAAUUGCAACUCAUGGAUCAUCUUCAUGAGCAGUAGGCCUUUGUUUGAUGUCCAUAGCCCAGGGAAAUUGCUUUUUCCUGCCUAUAUCAGUUUCCAGGAAAACUCUACAAGAUACUUAGCAAGAGUCUUCCCCUGUGCCAGCACCAUUUAAAAUAAACUGCACUUUUGGGAGUGUUUCCGUCCAUAGACUUUGUGGGAAAGCAUUGUUCCUGACGAAUGACCAACCAUGAAUAUUUUUCAUGUGUGAUUACCAUAAAUGGAGCUGCUACUGCCUCUAGAUUUCAUUUCAAAUAUUUGCACAGAUAACAACUGCAAUGGAAAUGGUUCUUUAAAGCCAUGGCUUUGUUUCAAAUAAAGGACUUGGAGAUACAAUCAUAUGGACAGCAGUCUUAAAACAGUUAACCAGAUUGUAGCUGUAACGUUACUAUAUUUCUUGAUAGUGUAUAUUUGUAAUUAUACAUUGCUUAUGGAGCUGGCCCUUUUUGAUAUGUGAACAUUUUAGGUGCAAAACUGUUUCAGAUUUCCCAUUGGCUAUAGUGUUUGUAGCAAAUCUUUUACAAAUCAAAUUGAGGAACUGCUGCACUGGUUCUGCCAUUACUCUGAGCUACUUAUAUCAACGUUGACUCAGCAUGGGGCAGUUCAAAUUUGCCUGUCGUCUUUCUGAGAGAAUUCAUUUAUCUUACCCAAAUUCACGUCUACCAUGUUUGUAUGGCUGUUUUAAGAUAAUAUGGGGAUAACUGAAUAGUAUUUAAUCACAUCCAAACAGGGGUUACAUUUGUUGAGUGCCUUUUUAUGUGGUGGACUCUUCCAAAAUAUUUGUCAUACAGUUUUUACAUGUUGUGGUCUGUUGUCAUCUCUUCAUUUCAAUGACUGUAACAUUGACUGUAACAUCAAACAUACCCAGAAACCUGAAAGGAGAGUGCCCUUUAUUUUGUAGAGUUAUUUUUAAUGCAGGAGCUAAUUCAGGAGUUAUACUGCCACAAUGCACCAAGGGGAUUCUGCCCUAACACAUGAAGGCCUUCAGAUUAAAGUUAUCUUCUGGGAGGAAAAGAAGACUUAUUUCCCAAAUGAAGUUGGCAAUUUUGCUUCUUUUUCCUUCCAAGCCAUUACAUGCUCAUCUUGUUUCAUACAUAGCUUGGUAAUGGUUUCAAAUUAAGAAAAAGUUCAUCCAAACAUAUGUGAGCUAGGUAAAAGUACCAUAAAUUUAUAUAUACACAAAUGAUAAAGGAGGUGUUUUUUUUCCAAAUAUUAGGUUGCUGAGGUUGCUGUUUCAUAAACUACUGGGGUUUUGAUUUUGGUUUUGAACCCAGUCAUAGACAUUGAGGGCUAAAAUGGGAGAUGAAAGGGGUCUUGAAACUACUGUAGGCUAGAGACUCUCUACUCCUGCCUUAAUGCAACUGAUCUCAUUCAGUUGAAAUCAAAUAUAGUCCCUAUAUCCCCUGGACUACAUUGGAGCUAAAUACCAAUACUCUUGUACUUUUAACAAGUUUUUGAGCUGUGAUAAGAAAUAUCUUGGGGUGAGGGGAAGUAGAGGGAAUCUUAGUCUUCCAUACCAAGUUUUUAGUCUGAGACGCUAUUUAACUUUGAAAGCAUCAGUAGAAAUUUUUGUGUCUGGGUCUGUACUUCAUAAGAGGCUUUCAUUCUUUUAUUUCUGUAGUUUGCACUAGAUCGCAAAAGAAAACACCAAAAACAAAAACAGACCCAAAGGACUGACCUGAAGAGCUUGAUUGCCAUUUCUAGAGCAGCUCUGCAGAUUUUUUUUUUCAAAAAGGGAGGUUGACAUUGUGUAGCCAGUUUGUUGUGCCUUUUUUCAGAAGAUGGGUGGAAUUAUGCUCUGGUGCUUCUUUUGCUAUCGUUUUCAACUUCAAAUGUGCCAGUCUGUUAGUUCUAGAAUUUUUUUAGUUGCUAUGUUGGUGUUACAAAAUGUUAUAUUGAUUAUUUUUUUUUAAAAAAGUUACAAUUGCAUUUUGAUGAACGGUGUUUAAUUCAUGAUAUUUUUCUUUUAGUUCAUUGGGUUUUUUUCCUUUGUGUUGACCGACAGGGAGGGAAAGCACUGUGAAUUCUGUUUGGGGUUGCUAGUGUUUUUGAAAUGGCAUGUGGAGGUGUUUCGGGUGUACAUUUUUAGUAACUUGCAUAUGAUAUACCUCACAAAAUUGACUUAUCAGAUGUAGUAAGCUAUACUUUGGAAACAACAGUGUGUUUUAGCCCCAUGGAUCACUUUCUUUCCAUCCAUGUGAAGGCCAUGGAUUCAUUUUGCUGUGUAGUACAAUCCAUCACCUGUUGGUUCUGCACAACAGUGUCUCUGUCCAGGGAUAAGCAAUGGGUAUGUGGAUUCUCCCAUCAAACACUUGCAAACCUGUUGGGCUAUUUCUUAGUAUUUUAAGCAGCAGGGACUACACCAAUGUGCAUUAGAUUUCUGUUUGCACACCCACUAUUGCCUUUUAAAGUAUACAUCAAAGCCCACAGGGUCACAGAGUGAUGUUUCUGAUACUGGAUAUCAACAUUCAUGGAAGCCUCUGUUUAUUAGAGCAUUCAUUGUACAUUACCAGCACAAGCCAUUCUUUUCCAUAGCAGUCAUCUAGAUUUUCACUUGUAUGGAAGUUUGUAAGGGAAAAGGCUAUCUUGUCUGAUAUUCUACAGAAUGUUUCCUACGUUUCAAGAGUACCACUAAAGUGCUAAACAAAAGAUGUCUGAGCUACUCAUACAGUCAUGCCCAAAGACUAUUUACUACUCAUCUCUGAGGUUUUUUUCUGCAUGAAACAGGAGAUGAAAAGGGAAAAAUGGGCAAGAGGCAGCUUACCCCAUUUCAAUAAAAGCUUUGUUGCAAGAUUUGAUUUCCCUGACAGUUCUGUUUGACAACAUCUGUUCAUCUCAUUUGGGCUUGUGGCAUUGUCCUCUCAAUACUUAGUGUAAUCUAUCUUACUAGGGCUUCAAGCUAUGAACUAUCAUGGGCUCCCACUGAGUGGUAUGCUGUGCCCAUGGAUUUCAGGUACAUUGAGUGCCAUGGGAUCACCUAUGUUUCCACAUUUGCUGCUUUGGGUUAGCUGAGUCACAGGAAACUAGUGUAUUACAAUUUAGGGGCCAGGGAGGGGGGCACUGUUUGAAGUUGCAUAUAAAACUGAUUUUCAAACUGUGGUUCUUCUGUGAAAAUAUUAGCUAUCAGGGACAAGCUUCCCUGAAGAUCUACUGUUGAUCUUCCUUAGAAAUGCACAGGAAAAUUCUGCAUCCAUUUUCAGGCAUAUGCUCAGUUAAACAGUUCUGUGCCCUGUGUGCAUAUGUAGCCAUUCAAGGAGGUCACAGGAUCCUCUACAAGGCUCAUUGAGGUUCCUCAGAUCUGUCUGUGCAGUGAGUAGGAUGCUUAUAGGUCAUUGGCUGGCACUCAUUUCAGUGGAUCAUCACCGCUGCAAAUGGUUUAGCCCUGGCAUGCUCUGCGCAUAGAGUAAGAUGAUGUUUGUUUCUUGCCAAUUUACCCAUGUGGUUUCAUGGCCUCCUUGAGGCCUUCCUUGAGAAUGUGAAAUCUCCUGCAGUGAGAUUAAGCAGAGACUCAAAGGAAGUCAGGAUAAGGGAAGUUGAGUUGGGAUGGAAGCAAAAAUGGAAUGGGGAUGGGGUUGCUGUCAGUGAAGAUAUGUUACUUGUAUCGUAGAUGCUGCAUUUUAUAGUUCAAUAAAUUCUGAUUUUUUUUAGAAAAAUGUAAAUAGCAUAUUAAAUAUAUAACUUGUAAUGGAUGUGAGGUUAAUCUUGGUGAUUUUUGACAUAUCAAGUGAGCAUUGUCAUACUUAAAUUGACUGGAAGACCCAAAGUUGCCUGUGUGUCCUCCCACCCCCUUCAAGCAAUUUGAUCUACUCUAGCCUUGCUUUCAGUCAGUGUAAAUGGGCUGCUGAAAUUGGCAACUUAAUGUCAAAAGGGCUCAGGUAUCAUUUUGUCUCUUAACACUACCGGAUGUAACUGAAUGUAUUCUUCUACUGUGUAUUUGUAAGUCUCGGGGAAGUCUUUUUGAGACUAUUAUCAAUGUCAUACUGUGCCCUUGGAGUUUUGUCACUUAAUGCUGUAUUUCUGGUUUUGAGAAAAGCAGGGCAUGCCUCUAAGACGUUUUGGGAACUCCAGGUUAAGUGAUUUAUUGCAAAAUUAAAAACAUGAAUAGAAGUGAGACUCAGUGCUUCCUAGAACUACUGCACCCCAGUGACUGCAUGCAGUUUGCAGUUGUGGAGUGUUAUAGUCUCCUGCUCAACAGGUGAAUAGUGCUAUUCGUUCCUUGAACAUCUAAGUGUGUGUACACACUACGGCUUGUAGAUUGGGGCCAGUAUGCUUUAGAAAUGUAACUAUGAGAAUAUGAGCCUUUUAGUGGUUAUGUGCUGCCUGGUGAAAUUACCUAAGUGAUAAGCAACAGGUGAUACUGAAGAACACUAUUGUAGGAAGAGAGACUGCAAAACUGUAUAUGAGAUAUAGUUCAUAAUACUAAAUUUAGCAUGAAUAUAAAGCUAGUUUCCCAGCCUAUUUGUAUGAUGAUGUACUGCUUAUCCUUGUAAUAUGCAUGUAUUAUUAAUUUUGCAAGACUAUAUAGUUUAAUAAAUGUAUUUUCUCACA